AUGUCAGCAGGACCAUCAGUCGUUCGAACAGAAAUCAAAAAACCAUUAACAUCGGAUAGUGGAACGAAAGAUAAUACAAAAUUAACUCUGCCAUCUUGUUUUCGAAAAAAUGUCAAUAAAAAACAGGAAAAUGAUCUAUACGAGAUUGAUCUUCAUCGUGAUCGUGCAAAUUUAACUGUUCAAUAUACUCGUAUACCAAAAUAUAAUUUAAGCCUUUAUCGUUCACAAAAGCCACUUGGAUCAAAAAUAAUGAAACAUCGUCCAAAACGAACUAUUCGUUAUUUUCAUCCUAAUCUUAUUGAACAGACAACAGAUGAAAUACAAUAUUCAUCAUCUGUUCAUGACAGUGAAACUAAAUCUCAUAUUGAGAAGUUAAACAUCAAAGUUCGUGAACAACCACAUUCUUAUGAAUUAUGGAAAGAAUUAAUUGAUUAUCAACAAUAUAUAAUUGAUAAAAAAAGUUUAUUAUUUGAAAAACAACUAUCAAUUAUUGAUCGUGCAAUAGAGCUAAAUCCAAAUCGUUUAAUGUUUAAAUUAUUAAAAUUAAAUAUAAAAACAAAAUGUCCAUUUGUUGAAAGAGAACAAUUGAUGAUAGAAUGGAAUAGUUUUGUGACAAAUGAUACUUUAAAAUCGAGUGAUGAUAAAACAAUCAAUGAUACAUGGUUUUCAUACGUUCAAUUUCUAUCAAAUCAUAUUGAAAUAUUUUCAAUUGAAAAAUUACUUCUAUGUUUUAAAAAUUACUUUAUAAAUUAUAAAUACCGUCUAGAAACAAGAAGUGAAAAAGAGAAAAAAUUAAUUAUCAAUCACAUGAUCGACAUGUUUCAUCUAUUAACGUGUUUAUUAAAGGAAUCUGGAUAUUAUGAACGUGCUCUGGGAUUAUAUCAAACAAUGAUCGAUAUCAAUAUCGAUAUACAAGGACAACGAAAUAACAAUUUCCAAAUGAAAGUUCAAUCAUACGAAGACAAAUGGAACAGUAGAAAAACUCGUUUUGGAGAACCAAAUUAUGGUUCUGGUGAUCUACCAUCUACUACAACUAAUGAUCAAAUUAUAGUUGAUAAUAUUGAAAAAGAACUAAUUAAUUUAUCUUCAAAUGAAAAUAAACUAUUUGAUCAACAAUCUUCUCUUUUAUCAUGGUCUAAAAUAGAACAAGGACGUGAACAAUAUUUUCAAACAUUAAUGAACAAUGGAAUUCAUUUGACCAGUAAAAUUAUCGGAUUAAUGAGUGAUUCUAGUCAAAUUGAUGAUUCAACUAAUGUUUUAUUUGAUCGUCAUAUUCAACCGUUCAUAUUCGAAUUGAUCGAUCAUCGACAAUUUGUUCAAUUAAUUGUUCAUUUUUUACAUUUUUUAAAUGGUCUACCACUCGCUUUAUCUACAACAUAUUCGACAAGUAUAUUAAAUGAACUUUUAUCAUCGAUGAAGAUAUCUCUAUCGUCACUAAAUCAAGAGCAAUUAUUUAUUCAAACAGAAUUAACAUAUUUAUGGAAUAUUACCAAUCAAAAACAGCAACAUUCUCUUAAAACUGAACAAGUAUUUUCAUAUGAUUUUAUUAAUCGUGUUUAUCAACAAAUAAUAACAUUACCAUCCAUAAAAAAUCAUCGUAUUGAUUUUAUUCUACUUUAUUGGUAUUAUUUAGCAUCAAAUUUAUAUGAAUUAAAACAACAAAAUGCUACUCAUCAAUAUAAAAUUCGUUUGAAAACGUUGCAGUUAACAAUUAAAAAAUAUUUAUCAUUGGACGAAUAUCGUACAUGUUUGAGAUUGUAUACACAUUAUGCUCGAUUAGAAUGUGAAUAUUUAAAACGUCCAAAUGAAUGUAAACGUUUGCUAGAAUUAUGUUUUGAAACAAUAAAAACAGGAGAUCAAAGUCAAUCAUUUGAAAAUAGUUAUGCUUUGUGUCAUUGGUUAGUAACUUAUAUAUUUUAUGAAUAUGAAUGUUAUAGUUUAUUUGAUCGAAUGUUUACGAAUAUUUUAAACAAAACUAAAGUCACUAUUCAAUCGGAGAACAAUACUAAUCUCCUUUCAAUUAUGGAAUACAUUUUUUAUCGAUUAUUUCAGACAAAUCAGUUGACCGAUAUAAUGACAUUAGUUCAAAACUGUUUUAGAACAGAAGAAAUCAAAUCAAAAUGGGAUCAAAAAUCUGUAAAUGAUUGGGCAUCGUAUUUAAGAACAAAUAUGACUAUGUGUAUCUAUUUAUUUAUCAUAUCACUAUGUCAUUUGUAUAUAACUACGUCAUCUUUCGUCAUUGUGAGCAAUUUUCUUAUAGAUACAAUUCUACCCUUAUUUAAAAAACAACAACAAGGUUCGGCUCAUUUAGAUUUAAUUAUAAAAUUUUACUUGUGUUUAUUAUGGAGAGAAUUAUUUAACAAACAAAAAUUGACCUAUGGUGAUUGUACAUCUUAUUUGAAAAAUAUAUUUGAUAAUCUUAACUGUCAAUGUUUGUUAUUAUUAAAAUUUUCGUCUAUCUACACGAUUGAAUUACCACUUUAUAAUAAAUUUGUGAGAGAUUAUGAACAACAAAUAUUGUCAUUUAAGAACAAUCCAACAACACAAUGCAGAUUAAUUAGUAAAACGUAUGCACUUAUUCAUUGUCUGCUGAGACAUUUAAAAAUUAAACAAUUUACGCCGACAAUCAACAAUAAUGAUCGACCCGUUUCUGGCUACGAGAAUCGUUUACAUCAUAUGAUUAAAACAAUUGUCGAUGAUUAUUCGAAUUAUUUUGAAUUUUGGUCAUUUUUUAUUCAUAUUGAGCGAACACAAUUAAAAUCAAUCGAUAGUUAUAGUAUGACAAAAUCACAUUACAAAUCUAUUUUAUAUGAUUCUGUUCAAAACUGUCCGUGGUCAAAAGUUUUGUAUAUGAAAGUAAUUGAAAAUUCGAUUGAUGAAAAUGAAUGGAAACUAUUUUCAAAUGUAAUGAUGAAAAGUGGUAUUCGAAUGUAUUUUACAAUAGAAGAACUUGAAGUAUUAAAAGAGUUGGUAACGAUAAAAAAUGAUACCUAA